CACCUGUUUAUUUAGGACUCCUAUUUAUUUGGGCACUAAAUCUCUUUUCCAAGAACACACCAACUAUAUUCUCAUAAACCCUACGUAAAACUUUCAGAAAAAUCUCUCUUCUUUCCAUGAAAAUUUGCACUAAUUUCGAUACUAAGGAUGUAAAGAAGAACAAGAAUUAUGGAGAUGGUGCUGCAUGGAUAAGGGGUCCACUGAUCGGCAAAGGAAGUUUCGGGUCCGUUUAUCGAGCCACUCUCAAGAAGAAGAGGAAUCCCACGUCGAAAUUGUACGGUCAUGAUCUUCCGUCAACAAUGGCUGUGAAAUCUUCGGAAGCUUCCGUUUCAAGCACGCUCCGAAACGAGAGGGAGACCAUGCGACGUUUGAAGGGCUCUCCGUACUUAAUCGAGUGCUUCGGCGACGAGACAACCAUGGACCGCCGUGACGGUUCCCUAUUGGCCUACAAUCUCUUGUUGGAGUAUUGCUCUGGCGGAAACCUAGCCCAAAGAAUCAAGAAAUCUCCGUCGGGUUUGCCCGAAUCCGAGAUUAGGGUUUACGCGAGAUGUAUUCUCAGAGGAUUGGAUCAUAUUCACCGCGCUGGGUACGUGCACUGUGACCUGAAGCCCGAUAACAUUUUGCUGACUAAGCCGUUUUUUAGGGCGAAGAUUUGCGAUUUCGGGUUGGCGAAGAGGGGAGGCGGUGGCGGGUGUUGUAGGAGGGGUACCACUAUGUACAUGUCGCCGGAGGCGGUGGUGGAUAAUAUACAGGAGGCGGCGUCAGAUGUUUGGGCGGUCGGGUGCGUUGUGUUUAAGAUGCUGACAGGGAAGCACGUGUGGGGCGGUGAGAAGGCGGAGGAAAUAUUGAAGCAGAUAGGUACGGAAGACGAAUUGCCUAAAAUUCCGGAGGGGACUAAUAUAUCGGAGGUGGCGAAGGAUUUCGUCAAGUGCUGUUUAGUUAGGGAUUCGAUUUUGAGGCCGAGUGCUCCAAUGUUGUUGGAUCAUCCUUUUCUUGAUGGUCUCGAAAACGAUGACGUGGACGAUGAUGUGGACUGGAGUGAUGGUUUUGAUGUUGAUGUUGAUGAUGUGGACGAUGAUGAUUCGUCGUUUUUACAUUGGUUUGAAAACGGCGUGGACGAUGGGUGUGGUGGGUCCGGGAUGGGUGAUAUUUUCUCCGAUCAAUCGAAUUAG